GAAAUGCCUUUGCCGCCACAGAUUCAAACUGUGCUUAACGAUGUCGACAAACAAUUACACGGUGACAGUCCUAUCAAUAAUGUACUCGGGACUAUCGAACAAAAAUCAGGAGUAAGAAGACUUCACAUCGUCCUCGGAGUUGCUGCGUUGCAAGCGCUCUACCUCAUCUUUGGCCACUUUGCUCAGCUUGUCUGUAACUUCAUGGGAUUUAUCUACCCGGCAUACGUGAGUGUGAAAGCGAUAGAGAGUGCAACGAAGGUCGAUGACACUCAGUGGCUCACCUAUUGGGUUGUAUUCGCCGUCUUUUCUGUUGCUGAAUUUUUCUCUCAACAAAUCCUUUCCGUCUUCCCGGUGUAUUGGCUGUCUAAGUCACUGUUCCUGCUCUGGCUUUAUUUGCCGUCUACCAUGGGCGCUACGAAAAUAUAUCACAAGAUGAUCAAACCAUUUGUUAUGAAACAUCAUACAUCGAUUGAUCAACGCAUAGAAAAUAUUGCGGAUAAAGCAAAAGAUGGUGAGUUGCCUAGCUUAAGUAUAGUAUAUUACGCCGAAAUAAGAAUAUGA